GCUGAACCAACGGGCACUCAUUCAAGUUUCGCACCCAAUAAAUUGACCUUAGAUGGCCAAUUGUAACUGGGCCUAAUCUGCAUCCCUAAUUAAUUGCUUGUCUAUUACAAAGAAGAAUAGAAGGUAAAGAAUCUCACAUCACUAUUCACUUCUGGUUUGAGAAUGGAGGAGGCAGAAAGCUCUGCUUCUAUCCACAGCUUCUACGACCGAUACUAUUCCACUAAUAAUUCUGAAGAAGAUGAAGAAGAAAAUGAUGAUCAUCGAACCAAAAGCCGCAAACACGCACCAAUCUUAGAAGAAGGUGAAGAUCGAAUCAGCACCUUACCUGACUCCGCCCUCCUCAGCAUCCUCUCCUUCUUGCCCACCCAAGAAGCUAUCAAAACAGGCGUUUUAUCCAAAAGAUGGGCCUAUCUUUGGACCUCCGUUCCCUCUCUCAGUUUCGUGCUCGAAGACCCUCACUCCAAUGGAUAUUACAACAAACGCUUCGACGGUUUCACUAAAGUGAUGGAUCGCAUGGACGAUUUCAUCAGUGCCGUAGAUCACACCCUGCUUUUACACAGGGCUCCCAAACUCAGAGACUUCUCAGUUCGAUUCAACUACGAGAAAGACCUAAAGGCUCACCUCGAUCUUUGGGUUCGUUUCGCCACAACUGCCAAAGUAAACCAACUUAGUCUACAUUUAUCACCUCCUUUUGAUCUCGAUCUUCGCGGAUACCAAUUGCCUCAGCAUCUCUACGCCAAUGAGUUUGUUUCUGAAUUCAAUUUUAAUUUCUGCAAAAUUUUCCCUAAUGGGUUACUACAUUGGAGUUCACUCAAGCACUUGUGUAUUGGGCAAUCGGCCUUGUGUGAUGAUGUGAUAAGGAAAGUGUUAAUGGGUAGUCCUAGACUUGAAUCCUAGGAAUUGCAUGAUUGUUGGGAGUUUCAUCGGUUGGAUAUAGUGUCCGAGAGUUUGAGAAAAUUGGUGAUAGAUAGCUAUGUGAUAUAUAUGUUGGACGGUAAUGUCCGUGAGUUGGAAUUGGAAAUUGUGGCUCCAAAGAUCCAUUCUUUGGAAAUUCUGGGGAAUUUUGAAAAGAUUAAGUGUCGGAUAAAGGAUGUGUC